CUCCAGUCCUGGAGGUGGCAGUAACACACGAAAGCGUGGAAUUAAAUACAAAGAAGAAGAAAAACCCGGAACUAAUUGAACAGACAGGAACAUGGACAUCCGCUUCACUAAAGGGAAGUCUUUAGUGCUGGAGCGCUCUCUGUCCCGGCCCAGGACGGAGGUGAGCCUGAGCGCCUUCGCGCUGCUCUUCUCGGAGAUGGUGCAGUACUGCCAGAGCCGCGUGUACUCGGUGUCCGAGCUGCAGGCGCGCCUGGCGGACAUGGGCCGCGGAGUGGGAGCGUCUCUGCUCGACCUGCUGGUGCUGCGGGAGAAGAACGGCAAGAGGGAGACCAAAGUGCUGAACAUCCUGCUCUUCAUCAAGGUGUCUGUGUGGAAGUCUCUGUUCGGUAAGGAAGCAGACAAGCUGGAGCAGGCCAACGACGACGACAAGACGUACUACAUCAUCGAGAAGGAGCCGCUGGUGAACGCGUUCAUAUCCGUGCCUAAAGAGAACAGCACGCUGAACUGUGCCGCCUUCACCGCCGGCAUGGUGGAGGCCAUCCUCACCCACAGCGGCUUCCCCGCCAAAGUCACGGCGCACUGGCACAAGGGCACCACGCUCAUGAUCAAAUUCGACGAAGCCGUCAUCGCCCGAGACAAACAGCUGGACGGGAGGUAGAGAGGGACAAGGACAAGGAGCGGCGUGUGCUGACUGUGACAAGAAGUGUGUGUGUGUGUGUGUGUGUUACAGAGAGUUACAGUCAUUCAGGUCAUUUUCAACAUCUUGUAGUAAAAAGUCAGUGGACUUUUUGGAUUGUUGGUAAAUUACAAAUGCAGGAAAAGGAACAGUUUGGUGAAAAAUAAAGUUUACACAGGUUCUGUACCUGAUAAAUAUAAUAUAAAUUCUAAAAAAAAAAAACAACAA